AUGUCAGCCCUCCGCAACGGCGCGAUGAACGGCACCAAUGGCGCAGCGAGCGCUCCCGUCAGUAAGCGGUUCUCUGACAUCCCAGCCGCGAUCGACGUUCCGGUUCAGGGCGAAGCCGAAGACGAAGCUGUCGAAAUCGACCUCCUCGAGCUCUUCGACGAUCCUACCGAGCUUUGUACUCUUUUCGAGAACGAGCGCGCCGCCCGCACAUACUGGAUGACAGUCGCAUUGGCCUACGCCAAGCAGAAGAAGAUUGACCAUGCCAUCGAAAUGUUGGUGCGAGGUGGAAACGCGAUGCGCGACAACAAUCCCAGGGAAAAGCUGAGCAUGAUCGGAUGCCUCUGCUGGAUGUACCUGUGGAAGAGUCGCGAAGCCCCGAGAGUGCCUCCCGAUGGCGAAUUGGCAUCCGAGGCCAAGACGAAGGAAUACUACCUGCAACUAGCAACCUCGACCCUGAAUGAUGCGUCGCGCAUCAACCCAGCAUUCCCCCCUCUGUUUCUAGCUCGCGGAGUUCUCCAACUUCUCAGAGCGUCCCUGCAGACCCCCAAGGCGACGGGCCAUGGACAAGUGGACUCCGAAAAGGCGGAUCUUCUGCGAUCGGCGCUCAAGGCCUUCGAAGACGCGGUUCGAGUGUCACAAGGCAAGAACAUGCUGGCCGUCAUGGGCAAGGCAAGGACCUUCUUCUCGCUUGGAAAAUACCCAGAGUCCUUGGCUUGCUACCAGGAAGUCCUACAGAAGAUGCCCGACUUCGUCGACCCAGACCCGAGAAUAGGCAUCGGCUGCUGCUUCUGGCAGCUCGGCUUCAAGGACGAUGCUAAGCUUGCUUGGGAGCGAUGCCUCGAGAUUAACCCGGACCACAAGGUCGGAAACAUUCUCCUCGGUCUUUAUUACCUCGACGCCAGCGGUCAUAUCCCAACGAACAGUCCCGACUUCCUUCGCCUUUACAAGAAAGCAAUGACCGAAUAUACCCAGAAGUCUUUCAAACUCGACAAGAACAUGCCUCUUACGUGCGCAACGUUUGCAGGUUACUUCCUGUCCCGCAAACAGCUCAGCACGGUGGACUCACUCGCCCACAAGGCAAUCCAGUAUACCGAUGUGAAUGCGAUUGCCAGUGACGGUUGGUAUCUCCUAGCAAGAAAAGAGCAUUAUACCGGCGACCCAGACCGCGCCAGCGAUUUCUAUCGCAGAGCCGACGAGGCGCGUGGCGGUGCCGAGCGUGGUUAUCUACCAGCAAAGUUCGGUGCUGCCCAGCUGGCAGUACUCCGCGGCGACCUCGGCGAAGCGAAGCUGCGUUUGGAAAAAAUGAUCCAACAGUCCAAGAACCACGAAGCCAUGAUCUUGCUUGGCACUUUGUACGCCGAGGAGGUCUUUGCAAAUGAAGAGGCGGAUGGUAAGGAGGACAAGUCGGCUGAGAUGAAGAAGGCGAUCUCACUUCUCGAGAGUGUGCGCGGUGCCUGGAAGGAUAGCAAGAAGGGCAUGUCUCCUGACGCCGCGGUGCUGCUGAACCUGGCUCGCUUGUAUGAGCACGAGUAUCCCGAGAGAGCCCAGCAGUGUCUUCUUCAGGUCGAACAACUGGAGCUUGACCAGAUUCCCGAGGACGAUCACCCAGCCGACAUCACCGACGAAGCCGAGAAACGCGCGGCUCUUCGCAAGUUCCUGCCUCCGCAGCUGCUCAAUAACAUCGGCUGUUUUUACUCUCAAUCGGAAAAGCAUGAACAGGCCAGCGAAAUGUUCGAGGCCGCAUUGGGUGCAUGCAUGAAAAUUGGCGAGAAGGAUCAAGAAAUUGACACGGAUGCUCUGGUUACCACCAUCAGCUUCAACCUGGGCCGCAGCUAUGAGUCCCAGGGCCUGUACGACAAGGCCAGUGAGGUUUACGAAGGUCUGUUGAAACGUCACGACGACUACACCGAUGCCCGGACGCGACUUGCAUACAUCAAGCUUCGCAAGAAUCCUAACAAGGAGGGACCCGACGCUGUCUCAAAGUUGUACCAGGAGAACCCUCAGGAUCUCGAGGUUCGUGCGCUGUAUGGCUGGUACAUGGGCAAGGUUCAUUCACGAAAGCGGCCACAAAAUAUCAACGAAGAUCACGAGUUCCGUCAUUACAAACACACACUGCAGAACUACGACAAGCAUGACCGAUAUGCUCUGGUUGGCAUGGGCAAUCUGUACCUGAUCCAAGCCCGAGAGAUGCGGCGCGAAUCUGACAGCGACAAGGCUAAAAGAAGCGCUACGUAUAGUAAGGCGGUCGAGUUCUUUGAAAAGGCACUUUCCUUAGACCCGAAGAACGCGUACGCGGCUCAGGGCAUUGCCAUUGCUUUGGUCGAGGACAAGAAAGAUUACAAGACGGCCCUAAGCAUCUUUGUCAAGAUUCGGGACACCAUCAAGGAAGCCCAUGUGUACGUCAACUUGGGUCAUAUUUACGCCGAGCUGAGACAGUACUCCAAGGCCAUCGAGAACUACGAGGUCGCUUUGUCAAAGGAGGGCAAGGCCAACGACCCUGUCAUUCUCGCCUGUUUGGGUCGCACUUGGCUCAACAAGGGUCGUUCUGAAAAGCUACUGGAUGCCUACCAUGAAGCGCUCAAGUAUGCGCAAAAGGCCCUCGAAGCUGCGCCGGAGCAGGUGCAUUACAAGUUCAAUGUAGCCUUUGUCCAGAUUCAAAUGGCAACAACCGUCUAUGGGCUGAACGAGAAUCAGCGGACGUUGGCACAACUCCAAGAAGCUGCUACCGGGCUGGAAUCGGCCAUAUCUGCUCUGGACGAGAUUGCGAACCACCCCCAGACUCCCUACCCCAAGCACGACGUCGAGCAGCGUGCCAACAUGGCUCGCAACACCCAACGCAAACAGCUUGAGAGAGCCAUUGCGAGCCAGAAGGAAUACGAGGAGAAGAACAAGGAGAAGCUGCAAGCCGCCCUGGAGCAGCGUCAAAUCGAGCUCCGGAAGCGGGAGGAGGAGCGACAGAAGGCUCUCGAGAAGGAGCGGGAGAGGCAGGAGAAGAUCCGCAGGGAAAGAGAAGAAAUCGCGGCCAGGGACAGAGAGAUUGCUGAGCGUCGUGCUGAGGAAGAGAAGGCCAGACAAGAGGCCGAGAUGACGACGGACAGCGAGACUGGCGACAAGGUCAAGCGGAAGAAGAAGUCGGCACCUAGGGGCGAUGGCGAGAGUCGCCCGAAGAGAGGAUCACGCAAGAAGAAGGCUGACACGGAUGCUGAGGAUUCGGCUGAGGAGCGGCCAACGAAGAAGAAGCGCCGUCUUACAAAGAAGGAGCCAACGGCCAACAGCAAGUACAAGUCUGCCGAGAUCAUUGUGGACAGCGACUCGGGCUCGGACGAGGACCCUCUCGACCGUGCCGAGAGAGCUCUCGAGAGGGCCAGCUCUCCUCUCUCCGAUGCGGAAGAGAAGCGCGGCGAUGAUGAAAAGAUGGAGGUCUACAACAGAAGAGACGAGGACGAGGACGAGGACGAAGAUACUGGUGUCAGCCGGCGACAGCAAAGCUCACGGUCCAGGCGGGGCAGGGUCAUUGAGAGUGACGAGGAGGAAGACGAGGACGACAAGGCGCGACCUGCAGCAGACGUCAGUAUGGCGGACGCUGACGAUGACGAUGAAGAGUAA